UUCAAAUUGAGCCGUUCGUUUGGGAACGACCCAUCACUAUCAUUUAAAUGUCCGGCGAGAGCAAUCGCCAUAGCAUUGUAAUCUAAACAGGAAUUACACCAUUCAGUGAACCGCCAUCAAAAUAGGAUACAUUUUUAUUUAAAGCAAUGGAGGAAUACAAUUCCGAAGAGGUGUCCUUCAACACAGAUGAAGCCAGUGUCACCGUUAAAGAGUGCAUUGAAGGUAUCAUUGGAGGAAUUGAUUACAACCAAAAUAAAGUGAAUCAAUGGACUGCCAGCAUUGUGGAGCACUCCCUCACCCAGCUGGUCAAACAGGGAAAACCAUUCAAGUUCAUAGUGAACUGUGCCAUUAUGCAGAAAAGUGGUGCUGGUCUGCACACAGCAAACUCCUGCUACUGGGAUACAGCUACAGACGGAAGCUGCACAGUCCGGUGGGAGAAUCGUACCAUGUACUGUGUGGUGAGUGUUUUUGCAGUGGCUGUGACCUGCUAAUCGGGAACCCUCUCUUGCACAGCCCAAACACAUCAGGGCAUCAGGACCAUCAAGCCUUGAAGGUCAUGUGCUGAUUACUCAUCAACAGAAAUGUCUGUUGUACAAAAACAUUCCCCAGAUCACAAACUUUGACCACCUGCAAUUGAAACAAUAGGAUGGGAAAUCAGUGAUGUUUCUAUAUGUGCACAGUGUUGUCUGUGUGAAAGUAUAAAUAUACAGGAUAUCCUUAACAGAGAUAUACUCUUAACAAUAGUGGCCUCUAUUGGCAAAAUGCAGUUUUACCUGGGCAGCUCCAUUGUAAACUAUUCAUUUUGAAGUAGUAAACUGUGUGGGACUUUCGAACGCUUAAAGAAGGAUCAAAUGAUUCCUUUCGGGUUAUUGGAAUGCAUUAGCCAAUGAACAUUCAUGUUAUUGAAAUGCAUUAGCCAAUUAACUAUCUUUUGAGCAACUCUUCCAAAACUGUAUGUAGCAGUAAAUUGGCCAUUUUGACUUUCCCCUUUUCAAACACAGUAGAAUGGCAGAACACACCGUUUCAGUUGGUGUUCCAGUUCCUAAUUUUAGUAGAAGUGUACAACUAGAAAAUGAGGUUUCCUCCUUGUCGCUGCCCUUGUGCCUGUAUAUGGCCAUAAUGGGACAUGAUACCUUGAUCAUUCUCUAGGACUCAGCAAAGACGCACAGAUGGAAAGAGCUACAAUAGUAAAGGUAUACUAGUAAAGAUUUCAAUUACAGAACAUCAUAAACUAGGCUUUACAUGUGUAAUAAUUUAAUAAACUACAUUUUAGUAAGAACCGUAGCAAUAACAAGGUCAUUAAUAGUGUUACCUUCAUACUGCUAUUUAACAUCUCCUGGUGCGUUUAGAUGGGUAGAUACAUUCCUAGCAUUUGUUUACUGAUUGGUAUUGACCAAUCAUGUCCACCCUGAAAAAGGUUGAUGUGAAAUUAAGUCAUUUGUCAAAAAACUAUUAUUGAAAAUCUGAAUUUGUCUGCUUGUUUAAAUGUUGCCUCAGACUAACAGAGAGACUUACAGGUUGGAGUUUCCAUUGUAAGUUAAGGUGAACUGUAUAUUUUAUUUAAGAAUAUGUUUUAGACAAUAUUUAAAUAUAGUCAAUUUCAAUUCAUUCUUUGACAUUCCUAGACUGUUUAAGUGAUAUUUAUCCUGCAUGUUGUAUCAUGUUUUCUCAGCCUUGUGAUAUUAAACUGAUAUUAGGCUUUUUGUUUCCACUAGUCAUGAUUCUGUAUGUGACCUUUGACUGAGGUUUGUCAUUAAAGGUAUUAUUUAACUAAA